CAUCAAAUGCUACAAGUACAGCAUUACCGUCACCCGCUCAGAAUGGUCCAGGCACACCUGUAUCCCAGCUUUCGGCACAACCAACCCGAAGAGGUCCGAAACGAGCACCUCUGGUGUACCCUGCGCUACUAUCCCGUGUUGCCGAGGCGCUGCUUCAACGGUUACCGCUAUCUGUGCGUACAAAGCAUGGCCUAUCCUAUCCAGAUGCAUUCGAUGGUCGUGAAGCAGUAGAUAAAAUCUGCUAUAUUAUCAAGACCACGGACAGGAGCCUUGCGCUGCUCUUGGGAAGGGCUUUGGACGCCCAGAAGUUUUUCCACGAUGUCACAUAUGAUCAUCGGCUGAGAGAUAAUUCGAACGAAAUCUAUCAGUUUAAGAGCAGCGUUCGGGGUCUGAAGCUUUCCGACUCGAGCACCUCUGGUACUAUUUUGGGUCACGCGAGAGGUGAUUCGAAGAGUGUGAGCCCAAACACUUCUAUCAGCGGUAGCUCUCAUCGACCGUCAACAUCAAAGGCAAGUACCCAAAACUCGUCCGCAUCCUCCAACGAUCAUGGUGCACCACACCACUACCAGUCCGCCACUGAGGCAACCGUAAUUCCUAUAUCCAAUCAAUCCUUCGUUUCUCAAUCUUAUACAUCACAGCAGGUGGACGAUCAUGCAGUAAUACUUAUGGAGGAGCCCAUUGACGAGAUGGAACUACCCACAGGAGUCUUCACCAUGCUAACCGAAUGUUAUUCUGCUACUUGCACCCGCGACCAUCUUUGUUAUUCAAUUACAUGUCCAAGAAGGAUGGAACAGCAAGCAAGGCUUAACAACCGGCCGGGAAGCGCUGGCGGCCAUCGAAGCACUAGCGGCGCAUCAUCAUCACGAGUUGGCAGAAGGGCCACCAUUGGAGGGGCAAACGGGAUUCCAGGAAGUGAUAGCUUGCCUACUAGCCCAGUAACCAGUACAAGCGCACAUGGACACCCCCAAGGAGGUGUAGCACGACUUGAAAAAAGGCCCGAAG